AUGAUUUUCCCAGAGCCGUCCGUACGCGUAUACCGCAUUACCGCAUACGCCGUAUAGUAAGUUGAUGUAGUGUACUACCUAGCGAACGAUAUCAAAGUAUAAACCCGUCUACAUAAAUUUAAUGAAUAAAAUUCAUAAUAUCUCGUGAGUUUUCGCCAGUGUCACCGUCGAGUCGAAAUUUUCCCGUCUCCGAAAACACGGUUGUCGAGACGACGUUCGCGUACAGGGAAAUCGGUGGACCCGUCAUCGGCCAGCUAGCCAUUGUCUCCGUGAGGUUAUGCGACAGACGACCGACGCGGAAUCCGUCUUCAACUGCUAAAUAAUCGAACGUGACCACCGCCAUGUCCAAGACGUCCGGUUCGGCCGCGUCCGGCUCGUCGUCGUCGUCGUCGCAGCAGCAAGUUUCCGGAGUCGCCGCUGUGCCAGCCGAGGACAAUUUCGACUUUCUAUUCAAAAUCGUGCUUAUCGGUGACUGCGGCACUGGCAAGACGUGCGUCGUUCAGCGGUUCAAGAGUGGCACAUAUGCCGAGAACCAGGGCAACACCAUCGGCGUCGACUUUUCCAUGAAGACCAUCAAGAUCGACGGCAAGAAAGUCAAACUCCAGAUAUGGGACACGGCUGGUCACGAGAGGUUUCGAACGAUCACGCAGAGCUACUAUCGCUCAGCUAAUGGGGUCCUACUAGUGUACGACAUUACAAAACGUGCUACUUUCCUAAAUCUACAGAGAUGGGUCGAAGAAGUACGUCGGUAUACUUCGUCUAAUGUCUUGCUCGUAUUGAUUGGUAACAAAUGCGACCUGGAGGAGAACCGCCAGGUGGAAUUAUCUGAAGCAGAUGCAAUGUGCGAAUACUUUCCUGAACUAUUGUCUGUGCUAGAAACGUCGGCUAAGGAAAAUAAAAAUAUUGAAGAAGCAUUUGUCACAAUUGCUUCUGAACUUAAGAGACGUCAUGACCAAAGUGCUCAUAUUGAAGAUGAACCAAAUCCUGUCAUCAACUUGAGUGAAGGCGAAAAUGUUCAAAAAUGUAAAGGCUGUACGUUGUUAUAAACUAACAUUUCAACACGGUACAGUAGAACAAAUCAAUAUUUGAUCAUUAUUAUUCUAAAACCCGAUGACGAACUUGUAUAAUUAAUUAAUUAUGCGUUCAUAAUCUUGUGGUAACACACUUGUUUAAUGUGAAACAUUUAAAGUUUUAUUUAGAUUGUAUUUAAAAAUAAAAAUUUAUGAAUAUAGGGACAGAUCAUCCCAAAAUUUAUGUACACGUUUAUGAUCCGCGUUAAUACUGUAUUUAAUUUUAUCUUUCUUAACUUGCAAUAAUUAUUCAUGUACUUGAACCUCACUUUGUUAAUCAUUCAAUCAUGUACUGUAAUAUAAUAUUAAAUAAGAUUCUCGAAUAGUUUUAUGGGGGACCAUGGUCAUAAGUGUUUUUUUUUCAAGUAUCUUGCAAGGUCCACAGGUGUAUCUAACAUUGAAAUUAUUUUUAUCAGUAGACAGUAUAAUAUUGUAUCAAUGAUGGUUUUUAUUUUGUUAGCCACUAUCGUAUUUUAGGAUAUUAUGUUUGUGAUAUUAUUCAUACAACAUUUAUGUAUCCCGUAUCGAUAUUCUGUAAAUAGAUAUAUGUCCAUAUCGAGAAUUUUAGCAAUUAUCUUUUUUCUUCUGUUUAAUUAUAUAAUUUACAAAUGAUGAUUUGAAUUGAUUUUAUUUAUUAUAAUAUAUAAUAUGGUUUUUUUUCUUCUUAAAUUUGAUAAAUAUGUCUGUAUGAUAAUUGAUUAUAUAUAUUUAUAAGCAUAUAAAUACUUAUAAAAGUAUGCACACAUUUGUAUAACAUUAUUACCAUCUUAUGUAAAAGCACCUCUAAUAAAACGGUGAAGGUAUUUGAAUAUUAUAUUUUUUUUUAUUAUUAUGUGUAGUGAGAGUAGGGAAAUAUUAAUAAUUAUAUUAUAAUAUACUUAUACUAAUAACUAGUCACGUAAAAAAUGUAUGAAAUAUUUUAUUGUAGCAGUUCCUUUCGAUGGUUAACAAAUGUUUAUGAUGAUGAUAAUUUCCCCCCUACAAAAAUGUGAUUUAUAAUGUUUUACGUGAGAUGUGUGGUGGAAAUUUGUAUGUACAAUAUGUAUCUAAAAAAAAUUAUUAUUGUUUAACUUUUUCAACUUUAUAGAUGUUUUAUUAUCAGUGCCUAGCUAUUUUUUAAUUCUAAAAUAUUUUGUUUUUUUAAAAAAAAAUUAUCUCAAAUUUUUAUUAUUAUUUUUAUUUAUUUGUAUUUUAUUAUUUUUUUACCAAUGUCUAUAUUUGUUGUAUACCUGUAAUAGUCAUGUGUGCUUUUGUGUUUUACUUGUACGGAAAUGGUCGCUCUUAAUAAUCAGAAAAAAAAAGAAUUCAAAUGAGGGCUCGAGGCGGGGAAAUUACAUAAUAUUAUAAUAAUUGUCUUUUUACAUUAAUAUUACAAUAUUUAAUUAUAUUGUACGGCUAACAAUAAAGAAUUUAAUUUUUUUUCUUUAUUAAAUACUAAAAUACUAGAAUACUAGAUUAAUGUCUAAUUUUUUAAACUUAAAUCAUUUAGACGAAAUUGGUGAUUAUAUAUUAUUAUCAUUAUUUUAAAUAUUCUUGCUCACUUAAGAAAAAAAUUUUACUUUCUUUCCCUACCUCACCUUCCAAUUGUAUAGGUCACUAUGAUACACUUGUUAUCUAUAUAAUGGCCAAUCGUAAUUUUAUUAUUAUAGGUAUACAUAUUACAUUGUUUAGUAUACGCACAAUCAAUGAACAUUUACAUCCGUAUCAAUUAAACAAAAUAAUAUUUUUUAUUGUA